CUGCGGCCUGGAAACACGCACUUUCGGAACCAAACCUUAUUAAAAUCCUUCAUUUCAUUUCAUUUCCAAACAACUUUCUAUAAGAUGUACUUCGUCCGUGUAACACAAUGGAUCUUCUCCAUGAAGGCCACUAACUGUGACAGGACAAGUUUUCUAAUUUACUAAAGAGGGUUUUGUUGAUCGAAUUGGAACCGUUUUUCCGGACCCGAGGAUUCAACAUAAUUCUCUUUAUCGUCUCGGAGAUCUGUGUUCAAAAUUAGAUUAGAUAUCAAGAUUUGCAGAAUAUAGGCUUACCAGAAAGCGUAAAAGCUGAAAAUUCUCUGAUCGUCUUCGUUUUAGGAUAACUAUUAAGUGUGACCCAAACUCAGUUUCGCUAAAUUCCUCAGCAAAGCUAUUGCCAACAUCACAAACUAAGCAUUACUUUUUAGGCCCCGCUUGAUUAUUUCUUGUUAUCAUAUUUGGCAUUUAGUUGCAUGAUGGCAGCUAAUUUUUGGGUUUCCUCUCACUGCAAGAAACUUCUGGACCAGGAAGAAGUGGACAUUGUCCAUCCUGCAGAUAAGGAACUGGGGCUCACUUUAGAAGAUAUUAAGCUCAUCAAAAUGCAAAUGACAUCACACAUUCAGAUAUUAGCUCCGCAAGUGAAAGUGCGACAAAGGGUUAUAGCUACAGCUGUUACCUACUUCAGACGUGUUUAUACCAGAAAGAGCUUCGCAGAAUAUGAUCCACGAUUGGUAGCUCCAACUUGUUUGUACCUAGCAUCAAAAGCAGAAGAGAGCACUAUUCAAGUUAAACUACUAAGCUACUGCAUGAAGAAGCCUCCUUUGAAUGCUGAUAUCAAGCAUAGAUACGAUUGGAAGGAUGUGCUUGAGAUGGAAAUGAAGCUUCUGGAAGCUCUUGAUUACUACUUAAUCAUCUAUCAUCCUUAUCGUCCUCUAGUCCAGUUUUUGCAAGAUGCAGGGUUGAAUGAUUUGACGAGUAUGGCUUGGUCACUGGUAAAUGACUCGUAUAAAACCGAUUUGAUAUUGAUUCAUCCUCCUUAUAUGAUAGCGUUGGCAUGCAUCUAUGUUGCAUGUGUUUUAAAAGAGAAGGAUGCGCAUGCAUGGUUUGAGGAACUUCGCGUUGAUAUGAAUGUGAUCAAGAACAUAUCGAUGGAGAUAGUGGACUACUAUGAUAACUUUCGUAUCAUCCCAGCUGAAAAGACAAAUGCAGCCCUAAAUAAACUUCCACAAAAACUCUGAAGUAAUUUUGUCAAUAGGAAACAGCUGGAGGCUGGACUUAGGCAAAGGAAGUCCAAUGGUUGGUUAAGCUUAUUGAAGACUGGAUGAGCAUAUGCUCUUCAAGCUUCACGGUAAAGUAUAGCAUGGCGAGACUUGAUAGAACGGGUACAUUUUAGAUCUCACAGUACGCAUUAAGAUGCUUUAGCUUCCAAAAUUAUUAAUAGUAGAAAAUUGGAUGAUGUAGAUAUGAUCAUAAUCUCAUAUUGAUUAUUUGAAUUCCAUAGAUCUUAUUUCUAAACAAAGAAGAAAUAUUGUGCAUUUCAUUGCUAUUUGGGAAUCUCAUAUUUAUACUUUGGGCAUAUCAUGUCAAACUGAGAUGAUAUAAACUGUUUGUAAAAAAUAGAUACACUUGUUGUGGUAGUAGAGCUUGAUGUAUUUUUAUUGGUUCCUUGCUUUUUGCUAAGGCACAUUUAAAAUUUAUGGAUCA